GCGCCGCCAUCUUGUUUACCGUCACCACAGCAACGCCCGCCAUCUUGUCCGGCGCUCCCCCAGCAGCGCUCCCGGCCGGGCCGAGCCGAGCCGUGCCGGGACCAUGGCGGGCGCAGGCCGGCUGCACGACCUAGACCUCAGCGCCGAGGAGGCGGAACGGCUCCAGCGCGCCUUCCGCGACGAGCGCUUCCGUGCGCUGUUCGCGGAGUACGCGGCCGAGCUCGCCGACCCCGAGCAGCGCCGGCUGUACGAGGAGGAGGUGGCGGCGCUGGAGCGGGAGCGCGGCGUGGAGGUGCGCUUCGUGCACCCGACGCCGGGCUUCGUGCUGCGCACCAGCCAGGAGGGCUCCCGCCGCUGCUACAUCAAUGUCUGCAGCAACCCGCUGGUGGGCGAGCCGCGGGCCCGCGCCGAGCGCGGCGGGCAGCGCUGGGAGCUGCCCUACAGCCUGGCCCCGGGCCGCGAGGAACUGCGCCCCGCCGGCCGCCGCCGCCUCCUGUACGACGUGGUGUUCCACCCCGCCGCGCUGCGCCUGGCCGCCCGCAGCGCCCGCUUCCGCCGCCUGCUCCGCGACACGGCGCUGGAGGCCGUGGAGAGCCACUGCGGGGUGCGCCUGGACCGCAACAACGCCGCCGUCCUGCGAGGCGUCUCCUACAAGGGCGUCCCGCAGGCGCCCGUCAUCCGCUCCCCGCUGCCCGGCGGCGCCCCGAAGCCGCCCGAGGACGACGAGUCCCCGCUGCCGCCCUUCCCCUUGCCUGCCCCGCCCGCCGCCGCCACCGGGGGCUGCUCGCCCGCCGCGGCCCCGCCGCCCCCCGGCCCCACCACGCCGCGCUGGAGCAUCCGCCACCGCUCCUACGUGGACCUGCAGGACUACCGGCACAGCCGCGACUCGGCGCCCAGCCCGGUGCCGCGGGAGCUGCUGGUGACGGUGGAGCUGCCGCUGCUGCGCUCGGCCGCGGAGGCGGAGCUGGAGCUCCGCGGGCGGGAGCUGCGGCUGGACUCGCGCUGUCCCGCCUACCGCCUGCGCCUCCGCCUGCCCUACGACGUGGACGAGAGCGCCGGGCGCGCCGCCUUCGACCGGGCCCGGCGGCAGCUGCAGGUCACGCUGCCCGUGGUGCGGCCGGCCGGAGAGCGGCUGCAGGGGGCCGAGCCCGGCGCCGGGGGCCCGGCAGAGGCAGCCCCGGCAGGGGCGGGCGGCGGAGCGGCUCCUCCCCCGGAACUCGGGCCUGGCGGCGCGGAGCGCGGUGAUCCGCCCGCCGAGCCCCCGGCUGAGCUGCCCCUAGACCCACUCUGUGACCCACCCGCUGAACCCCCGGGUGAACCUCCCGCUGAUCCAGCCUCUGACCUCCCUGCUGAACCCGCCCCUGAUCCAACCUCUGAACCCUGCACUGAACCCGCCCCUGAUCCAACCUCUGAACUCCCCGCUGAACCUGCCACUGAUCCGACCUCUGAACCCUCUACUGAACCUGCUGCUGAUCCCAUUUCUGAACCCCCUGCUGAACCCACCACUGAUCCAACCUCUGAACCCUCUCAAUCCUUUGCUCACUCCCUUGCUGAACCUGCUACUGAUCCAGCCUCUGAACCCGCCACUGAUCCAACCUCUGACUUCCCUGCUGAACCUUCCACUGAUCCCGUCUCUGAACCUUCCACUGAUCCCAUCUCUGAACCUUCCACUGAUCCAGCCUCUGAACCUUCCACUGAUCCAACCUCUGAACUCCCUGCUGAACCUUCCACUGAUCCAUCCUCUGAACCUUCCACUGAUCCCAUCUCUGAACCUUCCACUGAUCCAACCUCUGAACCUUCCACUGAUCCAGCCUCUGAACCUUCCACUGAUCCAACCUCUGACUUCCCUGCUGAACCUUCCACUGAUCCCAUCUCUGAACCUUCCACUGAUCCAACCUCUGAACCUUCCACUGAUCCAACUUCUGAACCCCCUGCUGAACCUACUACUGAUCCAUCCUCUGAACCCUUUGCUGUCUCCCCUGCUGAACCUUCCACUGCUCCCAUCUCUGAGCCUUCCACUGCUCCCAUCUCUGAACCCUCCACUGCUCCCAUCUCUGAGCCCCCCGCUGGUCCAGCCGCUGACCCCCGCUCCGGGCCCUUCCCCGAGGCCCGGGGCCCGGCCCUGCCCUGCUCCGGUGCCGCUUCCCUCACGGCCGGCCCCGAGCCGGCCAUGCCCUCCGAGGCCCACCCCAGCGAGAUGGCCGCCUGCCCUCCCUUCCGUGCCCGGCAGGACGAGGCGUCCCUCACGCUGCUGCUGCAGGUGCCCGGCAUCGAGCCGCAGAGCCUGCGCGGGGCCGUGGGCAGCCGCCACUACAGCCUCCGCUUCCGCGCGGGCAGCGCGGCCUUCGCCCUGUUCCUGCGGCUGCCCGGCGCGCUGCUGUCCCCCGAGAGCGCCGUCAGCGUCUCGGCCCACAACGCCGUGCUGCGGCUCGCCAAGGCCCCCGGCAGCACCGGCCUCUGGGACAAGUUCAGCUUCGGCCCGGAGCCCUCCGCUCUGCAGGAGAGAUUGUUUGUCAGCGAGGAGAACGUUGAUGGAUUUCUAGGCACUGCUUUCUGCCCUUCCCCUUGCUCCCAAUCAGCACUGGAAAGCCAGCCAUUAAUUGAAGUGCUGGAUGUUACUGAGGACAGAAUUCAAAUCAGGGUGGAGCCACAGGAACGUGAGGGACAAGGAGCACCUGGCAGCUCAGGGGGAGCCCACAGCCACAACCCCGAAACCAAGGCAGAAACAAAGCGUCCCGCAGCCGAGGGAGCUGCUGCAGGAUCCAGCCCAGCUCCCACAGCCGCAGCAAGGGGAAGAGCAGGCUGUGCCUCACCCCAUUGUCUGCAGCACGAACCUCCUGCCACCGGCUCAGCGAUUCCCGGCGGAUCCGGCCGAGCGCAGCCCGAUUUAGAAAGUGCUGCAGCAGCAGCAGGCACAGCCCCGGGCCUGGGAGCAGCAGCAGGGCUGCAGGGCCGUGGGGAUGGGCCUGGGGAGCAGGGGGCAGCCCCGGGGCCGGGCAGCAGGGCAGGGUCCCCCGUUCUGCGGGAGGUGAACCCCGAGGACGGCAGCGUGCGGCUCCUCCGCGAGCACCGCGCGCGCUGCCCGCUGCGCUUCCACAGCCCCCUGCUCUACGAGCUCGACUAGCCUCUUUUGUUUCACCAUUUCCUUCUCUUGUUCCGUGCCUGUUCUGACCUCCACGUGCUGCUGCAGGACAUAGAACCCACGAGUUCUGUGGUGCACCAGCAGAACUUUCCAUUCUUAACAGUUUAACAAUGUUCUAAUCGCAUCCACGGUAAUAAUUUUACUUGUAAGAAAAGUUGCUGUUGGAGGUGACUCUGAACUCCUGGAAAAAAAAAAAUGUAUCUUUAUUGUUUACAUAAAUUUUUUUAUUCUCUUCCCACGUUUCAGGGAUUAUUUGUAUAUAUCCUCAGUCUAAUGGCUCCCUCGGGAAUUGAGCAGUAGUCAUCAUUUUCCAAACCUUUCAUUUGGUGAUAACUGCGGGAUUAGACUCGCAGUGAUUCUUAGCAAUCAAAUGAAAUUUCUAAUUACCCGGAGAAGUUCUAAUUAGUCUCCUAGAAAUAAUCAACAUUUAUACCCUGUAUUCCAUCCCAGUGCUGUGCUUCAGAUCUGCAGCACCCAGAUAUCCCCCAGCUGAACAAAUUCCAUUGCACAAGAACAUCCUCUGGGUGCAUGUCUGCUCUGAAGUAUUUACAAUUGGUGAAACGGAUUCUCUUUAGCCAGAUUUAGAUUUAUUUUUCUCAGUUUCCCUCGAGUUUCAGCGUUUCUCACCUCCCUAAAGCAGAAUAACCAAGAGAACACAUCUAAUAAUAAAUUUCCUGUUCCCCUUUCUCACUGCUGCUGAA